AUGUCCUUCAGCUCAUUCGAACCCUUACAAGCGACAAAACUGGCAAACAAGACAAGCUCAGUAGCAUCAGCAAACUUUGGCGCCAAUUUGGACAAGGAGUUCAUCACCUACUUGAUACCUGACUUCAAUGCAGUCAAGUACUUUCAAAAGGACUUUGUGGAUUCAAACGAGUUUUAUCUCAUGGAGGAAACAGAAGUCAGCGGAUUUGAGUUGUACUUGGUUGAGCAAUGGGUGAUAAACCGACAUAUUGGCUCUAUUGUGACUGCCUUCACCGGUAACGAGCUGUCCAAGAUUGUCGUUGUCAAGUUCACCAUCAUCAAAAAGCCUACAAAGUAUUAUCCUAUACGGUUUCAGGAAUAUCUUACUGAGUUGAUACAGAACCAUUCGCGUAUGAAGACAGUGGGGAAGUCAAGAGCGAAUUCUGAAAAUGAUCUAUUGACGAUAUCCAGCAAGCCAAAGGAAAAGACAGAGAACAAGAAUGACGUGUGUUUUGUCACCAAUUUGAUGUCGCUUCCGCCUCAGUUGAACUUGAUACCAGUAACCAACGGAGAUUCCCGACUGAUAGAAGCCCCAUUCAUUGUAAACUCAAAUCUCAAAAGACUACAGUGUACCGGUAGAUCCGUGUCACUAACAACUGACAAAAUAUCAGACGCUUGUGAAGACAAGUUCCGGCAAAUGUACAAAAUCUACAACGUCAAGGAACCAGUGAAGUUUGCCGUUAGAGAGCUUGUCAAUGUGGUUCAAACUUGUCUAUUCUACUUUGACCUUCUAGACGGGAGAUAUUGUACUGGAUUGCUCUGUGUAAAGACGGAGGAAGCCAUUAACAGCUGGUGGAGCUUGAUCGGGCUCCCCCAUUUCAAUUCGAAACCAAACAUCAAAGCUGGUGUGCUUCCUGCGCGAACAGUGGCGGCAAUAAUCAGCUUGGUCCUCAGUAUCAGACUACGCUUGCAGCUUGCAGGAAUAUCCGAUGUGCCCAAGGACCCAUUUGAUUUUGAAAACUUUAUGCUAUCCGUUGGCCUGUUUCAACGACAGCACAAGUUGGACAAGACUAGAAAGUUGGACAUGGAGACCAUGAACAAGUUGUUUACCUCGACAAAUUCGCGAUUGGCGCCUACAAGAUCCGCCAAUUAUUUCUCUCCUUACGGGUUUGAAGAAGAUUACUUGUUACAGAAAUCACCACCAAAGCGGAUGUAUGGGAAACGAGAAUUGAAGAAAUUGACCAAUGUAAUGAAGACAUCUGUCCAGGACAGGCUUGCUGCUGCAAGUAACAGGGAACAUGACGACAAGGGCAAAAGUGGAGGAAUCAGAAAUAGGAUUGCCAAGCUUGCCGAUACAGUCAGUCCACUCGAUGUGGAAACGUUGGAUUUGGACAACUUGGUCAAGAAUUUCCUCGUGGGAAAGACAUUGAUAAAGUUGUUUUAUGGUGUGCAAGCAAGUGGGCUCACUGCCGAACCCGAUCAAAAGGAGUAUAAACGUAAAGCAAACGAAGUGGAUAGUCAUUUGUACACUUUUGAAAGCUUGCGAGACAAGAUUAUCCAAAACAGCCACAUUCAAUUAUCGACAAAGUAUAACUUUUCAAAGAGAUUUGGGUUACAAAGUCGAAAGAUGGAGGACAAGGUAGACUCCAGUCAUCUUGGUCCACGAAGUGGAGGUCGAGAGCGCUCACUUCAAUCGUCUUCUAUGGUGGAUUCAUUUCUACAAAUUGGUGACGAUUCAGCGUCUGAUACCAGUCUGAUGGAUGACCGUCGUCGUCUCAGCGUGCACUCAAGUUUCCAAGAACACACAAAUGAGCCAUUGGUCCAGUUCAAGCGGGACUUGAGUAGGAGAAACUCAUGGCCAAGCUUGCUCAAUAAGAAUGAGGAGAAUUUAUCAUCUUUUGUGCAUUUCAAGAGUAAGAAUUUGCUUAAUCCGGAAGUUGUGGAGAUGUCGCGUACAAGACCUCGCAGUUUCAGUGUUACUGAUGCCUCAGACCUCUCGGUAGGGUCUAUUUCAAAAGUAUCGCAAAUGUACCUAGACACAAUCGACGACUUAAUCAAGUAUGAAAACCUUCGUGACUUUUACUUUGAAAAUGACGAGUGUGUUUCAAAUGCUACAUUGACGAAAACGUUUCAGUUGCUAAAUAUUGACUUGCUAAAAGUGAAGAAUCUCAAGAGUCAGGUAUACACCAACAAGCAUCGAAUUUUGGAAGUGGGGGUUGCUGACCAUUUGAACUAUAACCUUGAUACAUUGACCAACACAAUUGAUCGAUUGUCGUAUGAGACGAGAAUUGUGAGUAAAAAGAUUAGCGAACUUGAGGAAAACUUUAAACUAUACAGCAACAAACAAAGCGAAGCUGAGAAAAGAUUGGACAAGUUGAUUGGUGAAACCUUGAGUCACCCUGACAUGAAGGUAAUCUUUAGUGAACAGCAACGGCGAGACUUUGCUUUGAGAUUGACCGGCGAUGAAAACUUUGUUGAGUGUAAAACUGCCGACACAAGUCUGAAGGUGAUGACAUACUUGUAUAGAUUCUGGGACUGGGUUGCUUUGUAA